UUAUCUAAAACUCUGCUUAUUGAAUCGCAUUAUCAGUAUAUUGUAAUUAAAAGUUUGAAUUAUCAAUAUGGAAUGGAAUGGGAUGGAACUACAAUGAUUCUAUUCGACAUACCAUGUCGCAUUAUGCCACAUUGGUGCGACUUCAAUUCAAACGUUGCAUUUUAUGUGUCGAAUACAAUGCAUAGUUAAGUACAUCAUUAGAAUAAUUAGUUACAAGCCGAUCUCGAGACUCAGCAUGCGUACUAUGGCUUGCCUCAAGCACUCAAAAGUUGAUUGUCCUUGCCAAUUAAGUUUUUGAGAGCUUCCAUGAUGGCCGAUAUUUGAAUUUCAUGCCCAAAGUGCACAAAAUACACUUGUAUUUCUUGUGGUUUUGCAAUCUGCCAUUUCUGCUAAAUAUCCAAUGAAAAUGAAGACGUCCUGUGUUGGAUCGUUUCCAAAUGCGUUGCAUACUAAAUAUUCCUUGAAAGAUAUAUUUUAAAUGUUCAUUCUAAAUGUCUGUUUGGAUCUCUUUUCACUGUACUCUUCCUACACAUUUUUCAAACACCCUGUAUUUGCCCGUUAAAGUCUUCUGCAAGGUGGAUAAAAAACCGGUCCUUGCUUCGACAUCAAUUUAUAUUGCAUCAAAAAUUGAGGAAGAGCCAUUAAAGAUAAGGGAUGUAGUCAAUGUUUGCUACAGAAUACUGCACAUACAUGAUCCACCAUUAGAAAUUGGAGAACAAUAUUGGUGUCUCCGGGACAGCAUUCUUAGCUGUGAACAAUUUGUUCUAAGAGUAUUCCAAUUCAGAGUUUCUUUUGACAGUCCUCACAAGUAUCUGCUGAGCUAUCUGAGUUCACUGAGUUCGUGGGCAGAUCUGUCUGAGUGGAGCAGAGCUGGCGUGUCACAAUUUGCUUGGAAUUUACUUCAAGACUCUUUUCAUCUGCCCAUCUGUGUAGAGGAAAAGCCCAGUGUUCUCUCCUUGGCAAUUCUGAAACUUGCAGUUGAGUGCACUGAGUUAAAACUUUCAACUGAAGGAGUCAGCCAACUAUGGUGGCAGGUAUAUGAAGCAUUUCAUCCGGAUGUUAAAAAGUCUACCUUGGAGCAUAUUGCUUGCAAAAUUUUGCAAAUCUCAGAAUUUGAGUCCCAAAGCAAGAGCUCAAGAAAUUGAAACAAUGAAGGAAGGAUGCAAAAAAUCAGUAAACCGUUGCACACUCAUCUUACGUCGUAUAACGUCUUUUUUAAUGAAUUUCUAUGGAAAUUUCCCUGAAGUCGAA